AUGGGCAGCGACUACAAGGCCGAAGCUGACACGACGAUCGUGACGGACAAGUCUCUCGAGGGCUUGGACACUGACCAUGGCUAUGAGGACACACCCGAGUUCAAGCAGGACCAGACGGGCGCGCCCGUGGAGAGCGUCAGCCCGCUGGGGUACGACGUUGGGUGGCUCGGUAUCCUCUUCCUGAACGUGUCCAUGAUGGUCGGCACGGGCGUCUUCUCCACGCCGGGAACAAUAUUGAGACUCACGGGCUCAGUGGGUCUGAGCCUGAUGUACUGGGUGAUCGGGCUCCCGAUCGCUGCUGCCGGGUUGGCAAUAUACAUGGAGCUCGCCUGCAUGUUCCCGAACCGCUCGGGGGCGGAGGUCGUCUACCUCGAACAGGCGUACCCGCGGCCCAAGUACUUCUUCCCGGCGGCGUUCGCCGUGCAGUCGGUCAUACUCUCGUUCUCUAGCAGCAGUGCGAUAGUGCUUGGCCAGUAUCUCUGGUAUGCAGGUGGGGUGGAGCCCACGAACUGGCAAGAGAAAGGUCUCGCAGUCGCGGGGAUGACCGUUAUCCUCUUGAUCACCUUGAUCUCGAACAAGUUCGCGAUGCGCCUGUCCAACGUAAUCGCCGCCGCAAAGGUGGUCAUCCUGGUCUUCAUCGCGAUCACGGGCCUGGUGGUGCUGGGUGGGCACACGAAGGUCGAGGAGCCGCGUGCGAACUUCCAUAACAUAUGGCAAGGCACGUCGAGCAAUGGUUACAACCUCGCAAACGCACUCGUCAAGAUCAACUUUUCCUUCUUCGGCUCGACGAACGCGUUCAACGUCAUGGCGGAGAUCAAGAAACCAAUCAAGACGAUCAAGGUCGCCGCGCCCGUGUCGCUCGCGAUCGUCGCGGUGCUGUACAACCUCGCGAACGUCGCAUACCUCGCCGCGAUCCCGAAAGCGCAGAUGGCGUCCUCGGCCGAGCUCACCGCGGCGCUGUUCUUCAAGAAGGUGUUCGGCUUUUCCGCGGGCGCACGCGCGCUCCCCGCGCUCAUUGCCGUCAGCGCGUUCGGGCACCUCCUCGCGGACAUGAUCGGCGGGUCGCGCGUGAUCAGGGAAUGUGCGCGGCAGGGGAUCCUCCCGUACACGGCGUUCUGGAGCUCGACGCGCCCGUUCGGGACGCCGCUCGCACCGCUGCUCCUCAAAUGGGCGCUGACGUGCAUCGUCAUCGUCGCGUGCCCCGCGGGCGACGCGUUCAACUUUGUCGUCGACCUGCAGUCCUACCCCUCCCAACGCCAGCGGCAGGGCAUCCGGCGCGUGGAGUUCCAAGUAUGGAACGUCGCCGCCGUGUUCUCGAUCCUCGUGAAUAUCUUCCUGCUUGUGAUGCCGUGGUACCCGCCCGCGGGCGGGGCCAACGGGGGCGACGUGUCGUUCUGGUACGCUACGUAUUGCGUGGUGGGUCUCGGGAUCAUCGCGGCGUGCGCGGGGUACUACGCCGUGUGGGCGAAGGUGCUGCCGUAUUUCGGUGGGUACGAGAUCCGGCAGGAGGUGAUCGCGCUGGAGAACGGGGCGCGCGCGCACCAUCUGGUGAAGGUUCCCAAGGGGGAGCUCGCGGAGUGGGAUGCAACUCACGACGAGGAGGGCAACGCGAUAGAGACUCGCAGUGUUGAGGAGAAAGAGAAGGCGGACGAGCGGAAGAGUGAGGAGGGGUCCGGGGUGUAUAUUGCUUGA